AAAAAAAAAAAAAAAAUGGAUGACAAUGUAGGAAGCAAGGUGACGGGCAUCAGGCAAAUCGUCAGAUUUAAGGAGUUCCUCCAGAAAUGGCAGCACGUAACUCUUGGCCCGAAGCCCGGCGAAAGCCCAAAAACGAGCGAGGUCUGUGGAGGCAUCUCGCCCGAGAUAAGCUGGAGGCUGAGGGGCUCCAAUGUCCACUGUGACUCGGACGAGGACAGCUGUCAGAGCCUGGAGCUUCCGAACGAUGUCCCAAAAGGGUACCUUGCCGUUUACGUGGGUCCCGAGCUCAGGAGGUUCAUCAUACCCACUAGCUAUCUCAGUGACCCGCUUUUCAAGGUGCUGCUGGAAAAAGUCGAGGAGGAAUUUGGGUUCGAUCACAGUGGCGGGCUCACGAUCCCUUGUGAUACUGAGACUUUUAAGUACCUUUUGCAGUGCAUGGAGAAUCACAGGAAAGAGCAAGCUGGUCAAAUCAAUGCAGACGUAUUUAGGUUUGUUAGUAUCGUCUAUGAUCAUGCUAUGAGCGAGAGAUCACAGGCUUAUCGCCCCUUUUCGUUCACCCGCUUUCAAGAAUACAAGGACAGAAAAAGUGUAUCGACCUUGGAUCUUCGUGUUUCGAAUCGACAAUUUUCUCAUCUGUUGAAGAUGUCUGAUUAA